AACUGUAGUACUGGCAUAAAGAUAGACUUAAAGACCAAUGGAACAGAAUAGAGCCCAAUAAACCCUCGCAUGUAUGAUCAAAUGAGCUUCAACAAGGGUACCAAGAACAUACAAUAGGGCAAGGACAGUCUCAACAAAUGGUGGUGGGGAAACUGGAGAUCCAAACGCAAAAGACUGAAGUUAGACCUUACCUUACGCCACAUAUAAAACUUAACUCAAAACGGAUUAAAGGCCUAAAUGUGAGAUCUAAAACUAUAAAACUCCUAGAAGAAAACACAGCGAAAAGUUUCAUGACAGUGAAUCUGGCAAUGAUUUCCUGGAUGUGACACCAAAAGCACGGGUAACAGAAGCAAAAGUACACAAAUGGGACCACAGCAAACGAAGACUGCCUUCAAAGGGAAGCCACUUCUGCUGCUCAGGCACCCUCGCCCACACUCCUCGCCCCGGCACCUGCCUCGGCCUCGGUAAGGGGCUCCCCACAGUCAGCUGAAGGCUGCCCCAGAGAGUCCUAAAUGCGGUUGUCCAGACACUGGACUUCUCAGAAACAAGGCGUUCUCCUACGAGGGAAUUUCAGUUUCUCUUUCCUUCUCGGCACAAGUCCAGGGAAGGGACUCGUCGGAUGCCCUUUCUCUGUGGCUCAGGCGGCCUCACCCGCACCCACGUGCUCACCUGCUUCAGCGACUAGCUCCGCCUGCUUAGGCCUUUUCAGGCCCAGUGGAGAUUCCAAUUUCCACUUGCCUUUUCACUUUACAUACAUCAGCUGGGAUUGCCCAGCGAGCCUGGCUAAAAGCGGAGCCAUGCGGCCGGGGAAGCAGUCGAGAUCGGGCCAUGGCUCCAGCUUGGGUUGUGGUGCUGGUGACCGCGGUGCUGGGCUUGACCAGCGCGGGCCCUGUCCCCACUUCCAGGCCCCCCGCAACCAGGAGGGGCUGCCACGUGGGCAAGUUCCCAUCUCUGUCGCCGAGGGAGCUAGAAGCCUUCAAGAAGGCCAGGGACGCCUUAGAAGAGUCACUCCCGCUGAAGAACUGGAGCUGUGGCUCUCGCCUCUUCCCCAGGACCAGGGACCUGAUUCGACUGCAGGCCUGGGAGCGCCCUGCGGCCUUGGAGGCUGAACUAGACUUGACGCUGAAGGUCCUGGGGAACAUGACCGACUCAUCCCUGGGCGUCGUCCUGGACCAGCCCCUUCGUGUGCUGCGCCACAUCCACUCCGAGCUCCAGGCCUGUGUCCGGGCUCAGCCCACGGCAGGACCCAGACCCCGUGGCCGCCUGCACCACUGGCUGCACCGGCUCCAGAGGGCCCCAGAGGAGUCCCGGGGAUGCCUCGAGGCCUCCGUCACGUUCAACCUCUUCCGCCUUCUCACACGGGACCUGAAGUGUGUCACCGGUGGAGACCUGUGCGUCUGAAAACCUGGACCCGAUCCCAGCCCGUCCGGAACCCAGACCUUCUGUAUGCACCAGGCCUCAUCCUUCCUUAAGUUAUUUCCUUUCAAUCCCUUAUUUAUGGACCUGCAGCCCCGCUCCAUAGCCAUAAGAAAUGUUUAUUUUUUUACUUUUGUGCAAUGUGCAGCAAAUAAACAGUAAGGAAGAGAGAAAAAAAAAGAGCCAACUACUCUGGAGAUGGAGAGAACAGAGGAACAUGUUAAACAACAGUGGGAGCUGCAAUCGGCAAAGUGCAGACUCUAGCGAACUCUAAAGGACUAAAAAUCCAGCUUGACAAAAACAUUUCAAGGAAAAAAAAGAGAAAGAUAGGGUCCCUAUACUCUACAGGAACAGCUUUGAGGGUAACGGUGAUUUAAAGGUCUAUCCACGAAAUGCAAUGUGGAGACCUUAUUUGAGCCCUGAU